ACAGAAGUGACAUUUGUGUUGACAAUAAAAGCACCUAAAAUUGUGUUAGGAUCGUAAAAAUAUCGCAUAAAGUUUAUAGGGGGUAACCGCGGCUUAACAAUGUACGCAUACGGCAGUCCACAGCGCGCAUGCCCGGACCACACUCAUUCCGGACUAUUUGUUUUGUCGUUACAGUAUCAAAAACCUUCGGAUUGCUCGCAAAGAAACAUCUACCCGAUAAUUGCAGUGAAUCCGUACGCUUCCGGUACCAUCUGUCUCUAUGAUAGAGGCCGAUUGAGGCCCGCGCGCGCGUUUGACGUGAAUCAAUCAACCCUAUCUAUCUGUCAAGAGUUCGCGCCAAUACUUGACGUUUGACCGCGUGUUAGAAAUUCAAAAGUUCAAGACCCGAGUGUGCACAGUUCCCUUCCCUAUUCAAUAUUUUGGUGAUUGACUCCUACGAAGUGUGAAAAAUGAAAAUACAUUUUUAUUGAGCAUAGAUUUCCACUUGAUUUAUCUGCAAUACGGUAGAACGACUGCAGAACCAACCGCGUGGCAAAUCUUCGCUACGCUAUUGGGCGGUUUACAUUGUCAUAUACGAACUGACUGGUGAGAGUGUGCUUCACAUAUCGAACUUUUCUGUGCUGUUCAAAUUUCGAAUAAGUUCCACUGAUUAAUUCGUCGAACUAAAAGGUUGUUUCACGUCACGAUGAAUAUCACUUCAACGACGGAUGGGCCUGGUAUAAAAGGGACGAUGGCGAUCCUGAACUGUCUCCUCGCGAGGCAGCUCUGCUUUGAAGACGCAUCCUGCUCCGCCAUCUUGGAAAUCAUACCGCGCGUUUGUGGAUCUGAACUUGUUGCUUGCUCGACCGUGACCGUGACGAAGUGCCAGGCUGCCCUGCGAACCCUGCAAGCGUUCCCGUUCUUUAAACCGACCUGCCUUUGCCGGGAACCGAACGUGGACCCUGAGUGCAACUCAUUCCGGGACUUCCUGUUCGACCAUCCUUGCGUGUUCGUCAUGAAGAAGGAAAAGGACCCGUACCCAGUGGAAACCCUGCCAACCUGCACCUAUGCUCUUAGCGUUUGUCAUAAUGAGAAGGCUUGCUCCGUACUUUUCGAACGCUUCAAGAACGCUUGCAAGGCCCGCGAAGGAGAAUGCCGUAUGGAAGACAGGGAAGCCUGUCGCGAAGCCUGGGCUGGGCUCCGCUUAUCUCCGCUCUUCGGUUGCAUCUGCCCCAACACCCAUAUGAAGAAACGCUGUGAUAGAAUCUUUGCUGUCGUCAACCAUAACCCCUGCGUUGUAAAGCUGAUGUCGGACGGACGGACGGCCAAUCGGAACGCCACUGGGGUGUCGUCGUGGAUUGGCGGUAUGUCGAUAACGCAGGACGGCAACCUUAUCGCCCCGGACAAAAUAAUGACGCACGUCCAUCGAUAUGCGAGUCCGCACUACAAGCCCCACGGGCAUCACUAUCAUCGCUGGAAUCACGAGCCGGGAGGGGAAGACCCCCUGUAUGCCACCAAGACCGUCUACGGGCCCGGAUACAUUGAUGACAACCAGAGGAUUGCCAAGGAAAACGGUAAAGCAGGUGACGACAAGGUGGCGCUGCAGUCGACGUGCCACUCCGCGCUGGACACCUGCAUCAAGGACAAGGAGUGCGUCACGUCACUAACACCCGUGCUGCAGAAGUGCCACUCGACGGACUGCGACCGCGAGGGCUGCAUGGCCGCGUUGCGAGGUUUUUAUAGGAAGCCUGGUGUCCCUUGGAAUACUGAGAUCGCUUUUUGCCUUUGCAAGAAAACGGACAACAAAGAAGACUCAUGCAUGAACGCACAAGAGAGGCUGCAUCCUUCCUGCGCCCAGCGACCGCCCGUGGGCUCCCCCCUGCCCGCCUGCCACACCCUGGCUCACGCCUGCCGCGAGGAACCCGAGUGCAGGAUCCGCUUAGAGAACUACGAGCAAUGGUGCGCGGUAGACGCCGUGACGCAAGGUUGCGCUGGCUCACCGGCUUCUUGCCGUGCUGCGGUUGUGGCUGUGCUGGGCACUCAACUGAGAGCUGCCUGCGCUUGUAGGGGCACUGACUUUGCUCAGCUGUACGAUUGUCUGGGCUGGCAACGGCUUUUGUGGCUUAACCCUUGCGUUGUGGAAUCCCAAAGCGACUACCAUGUGAAGACAUACGGUUCCUUGCUAACAACUACUCCCUUCGACAACGGCAUCAGAUACAUCACCGUUGCGCCCGAGCCGCCUAUCCACCACCGCACCACCACCCACCACCAUCGUCAUACCACUCAACAUGGAACCUCACAAGUUGAUGUCAUGGCGGAAAACCGCGAAGAGCUAAGCCCAAUAACAACAAUGUCAGAACAAACUGUCGGACCUCAUGAGAUCGCGCAAAUAUCGGAGCCUGUGAUUGAAACGACAACUGAAACAACAACAGUCGCCAUCACCACCACCACAACAACAACCAGCACGACAACAACGACGACAACAACACCACGGCCGACAACAACUCGGCCAACGACCACAAUGGAGCCGACGAAAUAUUGUAUUGUGAAGAAGCCGGAAAGCGAUGACGAGGCGCAGUACAUCAAAAUGGGGGAGACCAGACGUCUUUACCGAUCAGCAGAACUAGCAGAGUGCACGGAUCUGUGUGUAUGUGAAGUAUCUCUGCAAGUGUCGUGUAAAGUGGCCUGCGUGCCUCGCGCGCCGUGCUCGUCUCGCCUCGCGCACUACUCCCACGCUGCGCCCGCCUACCAGGCCUACCGUGGCCGGUGCUACUGCUACUCCGGCUCCUUCAUCUGCAUGAGGCCUAACCCUGGAGAGUACAAGCUUCCGGAGGGUGUGUACUUGUUGCUCGGCUUUAGUGCUGUGGACGAAGCUCUGCUGAGACCACACACGGGGCUGGGAGCUGAAGAUGCUGUGCGGUUACUCCAGCAGUACUUGCGUAUUGUUCAUCAUGGGGAGACGAAUUGCACACUAACUCUCUUCAAUAUCAGCAAUGAAAAUGUGAUUAUAUCUGCAAGUGUUCCCCCGAAGGAACAAGAAGCUCUGAAGGAAGCAGGAGAAGCUUUGCUGGAUAAAGAAAAGGAGGCGUGCAUCGAUGUUCUCAAGGUCGUCAAGACCCGUAUCAACUCGCAACAUGAAGACAUUUCUUCCCAUCUGCUUCUCUCCAUCUUUAAAAUUGCUGAAGUAGACGUCGUCUACCCCACUCCGCCCAGCUCCGCCAUCACUUCCAACAGACCUGACAUCAAACUGUACAUUAUAAUCUCCACAGUAACCUUCAUCUAUUAUUUCAAAGAAUUUAUUUCUUUGUUACUACUUGCCGCCUCGUUUAGAAAAACUAUCGUCAAUUUAAUAUCGAAUUUAUCCGAUAUCGAUAGAGAUAAUGCGGAACGUAAAUCAUCUUCAAAUUCGUUAGAGGUUGUUCCUUUCACAAAGAGUUUUAUUGUAAAAGAUUUUGUAUCUAUUUUGAAAUGUUAUGAAGAAUUUAUUGAAUAUAAUAAUGUAGUUGUUGUAAAUUAUAUUGAUACUUCGCACAGUGCACUCGCUUUAGGUAACGCACAAACGACACAUAUCACGGAAGAUAAUAUAGAUAUAAGUGAAUUAGAUGUAAAUAAAUUUAAGGAAACGAAACAUAUCAUAAAAGCUGUGAGUAUUACAAUAUAUACUAAUUUAAAAGAACUCGUUGCUGAUGCAAUUAUACCUAAAUAUUUUUCUAGAGAUGUGUAUUACGAAAUUGGAUGUACUAUUAUUAAUUCGGAGAAGCUUUAUGGUGAAUUCUUUGAAAAAAUCGCGUCCUCUUCUUAUGGGAUCGUUAAAUCCGUUAGCUUAGGACUGACUCUAGUAGUAGUAUGAAGACUGAGAUGAUAACUAAACAUAUCAUAGUUAAGUGUAUUUCGUUUUAUUUUCGACUUAGAACUGGUGCUUGUAGGUCGAUCUUAAAGGCUGGGUUUUGUAAAUAAGUGUACUACGCCUUUUACACUAUUAGAUUUCUGUUCUUAUUUUACUUUAGAGGCAGCUGUUUUGGCUUGUUUACUUCUGUUUUCAUUAUCUUCCUAAUCUUUUUCAUCUUGAUAGCUAUUGCCGUUUUUUGGAACCUUCACUUUUGGUGUUAUUCUCGUUUAAUGGUAAAUUUGUUUAAAUGUGCAGUUUAUUGUGCUGUCAGUAAGGAUAAUAUCGGAUCUCUUAGAUAGGAGUAGUCUGUUGUAGAAAAUGCGCCUUUCUGUUAGAUAAGUGUAACUAGAGGUUAUAA